AUGGUUUCUGGCCUGAAAGAUUCUACAAAACUUGCAAAUCUUCAGGUCGAGUGUUCUCGACUUGGUUGUAUUACUUUCGAUCUCCCACCCGACAACGCCACGAGUGGAAAAGUCUUGUGGCACGCCAUAAAGCGGUUCGAAAAUCUCCACAAGAAGCACAGGCCGAUGAUAUUCAAAUUCGGCUAUACUCACGACGCAGUGUGGCGGUGGAACAAUACACUUUAUGGGUACAAACAUGACAAAGCCAAGUGGAGUGACAUGAAGGUUGUCUACGUUUCGAAAGAGCCUUUCGGGCCAUCCAUGCUAGAAGCUGCCCUCAUUUCGAGAUUUGAAAGCACAGAGGGCUGCCGCAAUAUCAAAUCCGGCGGGGACACGGUGCAGACUUCUUUGGUCGGGGCGGAUGAUGUUUUCAUGACUUAUGCUCCUUGUCGGACGGCCAUCAGAACUGCCCGGAAUGUCAUCAAGGACGUGGGGCGAGAUCAGGCCCGCUGCAGUGGAGGCCUCGAGGCUUUGGCAAAGUGCUCCCUGAAUCACUCUGAACAAGCCACCCGAACGCUUUUUGCAAAGAAGUUGAAGCUAGCAUUACCGAUUCCUUUUUCAACGGUUUCAGUGCCCACGGAUUCACGAAUUGGGAAGUCCAAAGAUUCCGACAUUUCAAUUCUGGAGCUGCAAACCUUGAGUCUGCAGAGUUGGGUUACCUUUCUGCUUCGGUCAAAUAAUUGGCACAUGUUGUCUGGCUUGGUCAGACCUGAUGCAGAGAGAUCAGAAAAGAUCUGGAAAUCAUGGUGGGACAAGUUUCGCUUCAUCGAGCCGAAUCACCCGGUGUACGAGAUGGCUGCUGACGGCCGGAUCGACUUGGGACGCACGGCGGCGGUCGUGCUCCACGGCGACGAGGGACGCGGCCGCCGCCGUGCGCCAUUCAUGGUCCUAUCUUUUCAUUCCGUAUUAGGACGUGGUACAAAUUUGGCUUUGGAGACACAGAAGACAACUGGGGUCCGGAAACCGUAUCUCAAGCAAAAGCUUAAUAUGAAGGGACACAGCUUUACAACCCGCCUGAUUACGGCAGUCUUGCCGCGACAUCUUUAUUUGGAGGGUGAUCGAUCGUUUGACGCUCUUUUGGAAAGAACUUGUGAUGACGCUGUUUUUAUGAUCAAUACAGGCAUCGAGCACGCCGGGAAACGGUACCACGUGGCACUGAUACGGACAGUCGGUGAUUGGCCCUUUUUGGCCAAAAGCGGCCGUUUGGAUCGGUCUUAUGCUAACACAGUUAAACGCGUCGACCAAAUUGCAAAGCCUAUCUGUCAUUUAUGCGAAGCAGGUACCGAUCGUAUUGCUUUCGAAGAGAUCGGUACACGACAGCCAGCUUGGGCACGCACUGUCAAUGCUUCGUCACCCUUCAAGGGCCCUCCGGCUGCUGCCCGUGUCCCGCACUCAGCGGGAAGACUAGCAGAGCACUUUGCUUUUGACAUCUUUCACACCUUCCAUUUGGGGGUGGGCAAGCACUUGAUGGGAUCCGUCAUCGCUAUGUUUACAGACAUGGAGACAGGCAACAUUGAGGUGCGAUUGGAAAAGGUGUCAGCGAAAUAUGUGACUUGGUGCAAAGAGAACAAGAAAUCUGCUAUGCUCGUCAAGAUCACCAAGGAUAUGAUUUCUUGGAAUGCGACCACAGAUUUUCCCAAAGGCAGCUGGUUCAAAGCUGCCAUCACAACGAACAUGCCUGAAUGGGCUGAGGCAUACAAUCCAUCAGGGUGUCCGUUACUGGAGAAGGCCCUCUCAGCUGUCAAGGUGGCCAACAAAUUCUUUAGAAUUUUGUAUUCUGAGGACGUGUGGCUUUCUGUGGAGAGAUCCAACGAGGCUGGCCAAUUGGCCAGCCAGUUCUUGCGAAGAUACGAGCAGUGUGCUCAGCUGGCGCACGCCCAGGGCAAAACACUUUUUACACUCCAGCCGAAGCUACAUCCCUUCCAUCAUUGUGCGCUCGAUUUGUUGAGGGCUGCAGGUGGUGGUUACGAAGCUCUCAACCCACUGGUCUUCAGCACACAAAUGUCAGAAGAUCUGGUAGGACGACCGUCAAGAUUGAGCAGACGAGUAGACCCAAGGUCUGUGGUGAAGAGGACGUUAGAGCGUUAUCUGCAAUCGGCAUACGCCGAAUGGGUCAGCUCUGGCCUCUUGAUCGAAUCGAAGCGCGGCUGA